AUGAGCUCGUCUUCAUCCUCGCGUAAACAGCGCAGAGGCAAGAGCAUUUCAAAGCUCGCUUACACGAACGCCGUCUAUUUCCCCAACGAGAGAAUAUACCAAGGCGACACACCAGGAGCGCUCAACUAUGGAUACACCAACCAUGUGUACUACGCUUUCGCAAAUGUUUCUCCGGAUGGUGGUGUUUUCUUGAGCGAUGAGUGGGCGGAUGCGGGGGCGCCGGUCGAUGGCGUCCAAGGGGGCCUCGGGUCUCUCAUGCAUCUCAAACAACAGUACCCGCAUCUACAGGUUGUCCUGUCCAUUGGCGGCGGCAGUUCCUCGGCCAUCUUUCCUGUCGUGGCCGCGAGCACUAUCUGCAGAGAUAAUUUUGCGCGCUCAGCAAAAGGAUUAGUUGAUGCGUCUGGCCUCGACGGCAUUGACAUUGUGUGGGAGUAUCCCUCAGACUCCCAGCAGGGCCACGACUUUCUGGCUCUGCUGGCGACAAUACGUCUCCAUCUACCAGAGGACCAAUACUUACUCACCGCUGCCCUGCCGGCGAGCAGAAUGGUGCUUCAGUACAUUCCGCUCCAGGCUUCGGCCGAGUAUCUCGAUUUCGUCAAUCUCAUGGCAUACGACUUCUUCGGCACGUGGACGCCAAAGAGCGGACAUCACUCCCAGUUGUACGCCCCUCAGAAGGACCAAGAAUCUGGCGCUACGGGCGUGCAGUACUUGAUCGCCAAGGGCGUGAAUCCCGGGAAGAUUCUCCUCGGCAUCCCGCUCUACGGGCGUAGUUUCCUGGGCGCAGCUGGGCCGGGCCACAAGUUCAGAGGGGGCGGUGGUGACAAUGGCACAUUCGAGUACAAGCAACUGCCGCGAAGCGGGACCAAGGAAACGAUUGAUAAGAAGUCCAUCUCGGCGCAGUGCAUCGGCGCGGAUGGAGGAUUCGUGAGCUAUGACAAUCCCGAGACCGUCAAGGUCAAGGCUCAGUUCUGCAAGCAAAAGGGGCUAGGGGGCCUCUUCUAUUGGAACGGACCGGCAGACGGCAAAGGGUCGCGCAGCCUUGUCGCGGCUGGCUUCCAAGCACUGCACUCUUCAUGAGGCCUCUGAGCGGCCCAACCUCGGGUUGAUCCCAUAGAUCCGCCCCGGCGGCCCUGGCUGGGGGGAAAGCAGGACAUUUGGGCUCUGUCGUGUAAACAAGCAUCGAGACUCGGACGCAAUGACCGGCACUGCGUUGAACUGGUGGGAUGAGUUUUCAAAAAGGAGGCUGGCCAUGGGAAUCUAUAGACGGACGGUUGCAAGGCGUUUUUUUUUCGGGCGGGGAUACCAGGCGGCGGCUCAUUAACAAGCGAAUCACAGCCACUUGGCUGCUGCACAUUGUUGCUUUGCUUUUGCGACAAACAUUGGUUAUGAGGGAGAAGCGCAUCGGGGCCACGGAAAGGGUACAGAUUUAUCUACCCUGUUUGGCAACAACAAUCCAGCGAAGUUAUAGAAGGAGAAAAAGAGCCAAAUCGAACGGGCCUGGAUUCAGGGGCCAUGUCA